AUAACUCAGCCAAAUCGCAACAUGGGCCAAUAUCCUCUUAGUCUUUUUAUCAGCAUGAUGAUCCCUACAUAUGGGCAAAAUAUGAGCAAAAUUGGCGUGGAUCAGUUGGAACGGUUCCUUCGUGAGAGGAUCAAAAGUCGAUUUUUCAUAUUACCACAGCUUUCUGUUGAGCGCGAUUAAGUAAAAUUUGUGAUAUCUCAAGAACCAAGGCUCGUAAAACCAAACGAUGCUAGACUUUUCUAUUACUCAUGAAAUGAACAUCGUCUCAGUCGACAAACAAUGUAACUCUGCAAAAUUAAAAUAUAUAUUCUCCGAAAUAAUGAACUUGCCUAGAGCUAAUUUUUAUGGAUUAUAUUUAUGAUACUCUGAAAUGCUAGAAAAUCUGUAUCGAAAUUUUUCAAAAAACAUCGAUUUAUCCUACAUUAGAGACUUGACAGAGUACGAAAAAAAAAGUGCUCUUAUAACCGAAUGCGAAGUGCAAAACCUUCUACGGAAUCUCUAAAUGUUGGCAAAAAAAAAAAUUUUGUUUUGCGACUUCAAAAGAUUUUUCGAAAACUGGUUUUUAAGAGGAAAAUUUUCGGGGUCCAAUCUUGGGUGUAAAUUUCAUCAUUCUUGUAGCUCGGACUGUAGAGUCUAUCUUGAGUUUUUCGGAUUUUUUUCUCAUAUGGUUAGAAUGAUAUCUGCUACUUAGUUUUUAAUUGAAAGAGCCAACAUUUUUAACGUGUCGACACUAAAAGAACUUAUUCAGAAAGAUUAUCUUUGUAGAGAAUCAAAGUCAAAUGAAGGGCGGGUAUAUCUCGUUUUGCUUGAAAUUUUCUGUGUCAAGUCAAAAUAUUUAUUCCUUCAUUUUAACACUCGUUUUAGGUCGUAUUUCAUAAUAUUUUAUUUUGCUUUGAAUAGUAAAAACAAAGUUUUCUUCUUUUUCUUUUUUUUCGUAAAGAUCAAAUUUAUAUUUUGGUAUAAAACAUCGAAGUAGUCGAUCAUUAAGUGGCGGAUUAAUGUGGUUUGAUUAUAAUAAAUUACAACAAUCAAAUGAUCGAUUUCUUAGACAUUGGUGUGAUCAAAAUGAUCGUUUAAAAUAUGGAUGGACUCAUCAUGAUGGAGAAACAUUUGGUAUUGAACAAAUUUAUGAUGAUCAUCUACAUUUAAAUAUUCAAUGGCUUAAACAAAUUAGUGGAGAACAUGGUGGUGAUUGGACAACAAGAAUCAAUGUUACUCCACAAGUAUGUCAUAAAAAAAUAAAAAAUAUAAAUCAAACAAUUAAUAGAAAAGAAAAACAUCUGACGCCAAUUCAUUUAGCGAUAAACAACUGUUAUAUUGCAUUAUUAAGUGUUUUCUCAUAGUUCUUUGUUUUGUUUUUUUUAUUUAUGAAGAAUUUUCAAUGAAGCUGAACUAUAUUUGUAGAACUCAUUUUGUGUAAUCCGAAUCUGAUAGUCGUUCUGACGAUGCAGAAUACUUUUUUUAUGAUGAUUUGUCUUCAUAUGUCCUAGUUAAAAUUUAAUAUAAUUUGCAGUUGAAAGUCAGUUUGAUUGAAACAAUUUCAUUCAUUGAAAAAUCCAAUGUAGAUUUCGUUAUUCGUCAUUGAAUAAUUAUUCUCAUGAGGAAAUGAUUCGAACUGACAGCCACCGUUUGAAUUCACUUUCAAAUUAUAGACUAUAUCGAUUCAUCUACAAGACAAUAAUCUGUUCUAUUUUUCAAACAUGAGCUUUAAGUAAAAUGAUAUUGUCUUGAAAUGUUGAUUUGUAUCUGUUGUAAUAAUUAAAACAGCUAUAUUUUCUGCAUCCAAGAGUUUGAUAGUAUGAAAAACUAUUAUUUCAAGAUCUAAGAAGAUUUCUCCUUAUCAUAUUCGAAAUUAGCAUGGUCAAUAGCCUAAAAUCUAUAUGCUUUCUAAAAAAAAGUAAUCAAUUAAUUGAAAAUAUUCUCUCAUUAAGAUUUCUUCUUAGAAAUUUUAACCGAAAAGAAUGUUCGGUUGCCGAGCUAUUGCAUUUUAAAGUAAACUUGUUUUUUAUGAUGUGUCAAUGGCAAACGAUACUUUUUUUUUGGAAAAUUAAAUAUCUCGAGAAAGAAAUAUUCAGGAUAUUUUCAUUUGACCUAAUUAUAGGCAAAAUGAACUUGUCGAAUAAGAUGACCUAUUCAACAAUUGAGAAACCAAAAAAUAUCAUGUUGUAGAGUAAGCUGAAGCGUAUUGAAUAGUAUAUAGUAAAUCUUAUUUUGAUAACUCUUUGACGAAACUCGAAUCAAUUUUCAGCUCCAAUCAUUGCAUUUUUUUGAUAGGAAAAAAAUGUAAUUUUUCAAUGAUUUACCACGGUUUUACACGAAUGAUGAGUCUUCAAUAUUUUUUUGAAGUUCUCCAAAAUUUGUGCAUGUUUGUCGAAAUAGUCCUGCAUUGAAAACUCUAAACCAAUUUUCUACAUUAAUUUUCCUCUUUUGAUGUAUGUUAACUAUCAAAAGUUAAUUCUAAUACGAAAUCAACAUAAUAAACUUCAUUGAACAGAUUAUAUUUUAACUAUAUAUAAGUUAUUCAAUGCAUUUCUUUUACAAACACUUUCAACCAAUACUAACCAUCACAAUGAUCAUGCUUUGAAUGUAUAGUCAUCUGUCAGUAAAUUAACUCUAGUUCCUUCAAAGUUUUAUGAACAUAAAAUUUACUAUAUACCAUUCGAUGGGUCUUGACUUCCUGUUUUACAACGUAGUUUAUUUUAGGGGUGGGAAGUUACCGUUACGUUCCCAGGUAACUGGUAACGAAAAAGUUACCGCCGUUACCAGUUCCCGGGUAACUGGUAACGGUUUCAAACCCGUUUCCCGUCCCCAGCUCCUAAUCAUAGGGGGUCGUCAAGUCCAAUUUUGUAUACCAAAAAAUUUUUCGAAAAAAAAAAUUUUUUGGUAUACAAAAUUGGACUUGACGACCCCCUAGGGUUAGAAGCUGGGGACGAGAAACGGGUUCGAAACCGUUACCAGUUACCCGGGAACUGGUAACGGAAAAGUUACGAGUUACCUGGGAACGUCACGGGAACUUCCCACCCCUAAUGUCCGCGUCAGAAUAAAAGAGGGGUGAGUGUAAGCUCAAUAACUCGACAACCGCAAUACCUAGCUACCUGCGGUUUUCACCAAUCGAAAGAGGAGGAGCGGGCACGUC